GUGGGGAGGAAGUUUGUAUCGCCAGAGCUCUUAGGUACUCAAGAAAUAAGGAAAGCUCUCAACCCUUCACACGAAUUGUCAAGUUGCAAUCUCAACACUCAACCCGGCACAGAUGGAAAGCGUACUCAGACUGGCCCCGACUGGAUUCAAACCCUGGAACCUUCAUUCCAGAGUCCAACACUGAUGUCAUUGCGCCACCAGCUGGCCCUACAGGACAAUUUACAAUAACCUACUAACCAGUACGUCUUGGACUGUAGGAGGAAACCCAACUGGUUCACUGGAAGAACAUAAGUUCAAAGUUUCAGGCUGAAUUGCACAGGCUGGAAUUUACACUGUUGGAAAGAAAACUUUGGAAAGGAUAUCUUGAUCUAAGGACUAAAAAAUGAACACCACAGGCUCGUCGACGAAUCUGAGCUGCCGCUAUUUGCGUAACCCCACUGUGACCGAAGUGCCCAUUCCUCUCUUAUACUCCAUGGCCUUUAUCGGAGGAUUCCUGCUGAACGUAUUGGCUGCCUGGAUCUUCUGCUAUGUUCCAAAUAAGUCCAGCUUUGUGAUUUACCUCAAGAACACUGUGGCAGCUGACCUGCUGAUGGUAGUUACACUUCCAUUUAAAAUCCUCUCUGAUACACCGUUUGGGACCUGGCAGUUGAAAGCCAUUGUGUGUCGUUACACAGCUGUUGUGUUCUACAGCAGCAUGUAUGUCAGUAUAAUAUUCCUUGGCCUGAUCAGCCUCGACCGGUACUUGAAGAUUGUUCAGCCUCAAAAAAAUCUCUUCAUGCAGAAAGUAACGGUUGCCAAGGUGAUCAGUGUGGGCUGCUGGGUGUUUGUAAUGAGCUUUGCCCUGCCGAGUAUCAUUUUGACCAACAAGGCCCCCACACCUGAAACUGCAGGUGCCUGCAUGAAGUUGAAAAGUGACAUCGGGCGUAUUUGGCACAAGAUUAUAAUUAUCAAAUACCAAGUUAUUUUUUGGAUUGUUUUUCUCCUUCUUACUCUGUGUUAUUUAGCCAUCUUAAAGAAAUUAUAUUGGUCCAAACAGAAAUUUCAGAGGGACUCUGUCAGUGUGGUAAAGAAAGCAAACCGUAACAUUUUCAGUAUCCUGGCUGUCUUCUUCAUCUGCUUUGUGCCGUACCAAUUUAUCAGGAUCCCGUACGACAAGUACCGAUCAGCCAAUGAAAACUGUGUAACAAGUAACAAUCUGUACUAUGCAAAGGAGUUCACACUGCUCCUGUGUGCAUUCAACAUUUGCCUCGAUCCAGUCAUCUACUUCCUCCUGAGCAAGGCCUUCACCAGACAGCUGUGCAGAAAGUUGAGAGCGGAGAGAAGUCGGAAAAUCAAAAUCAGUGAAGGGAGGAACAGGCCGCAGUCAAGCAACACCUCCAUCCAAACCACUGGUUGCAGUAAAGUGUUAGCUGAACAGAUCAAUUCCAAUACUCCCCAGCUCACCUUCGACACAAAGGAACCUAUGGAGAUGAACCUACCACAGGACUCAUCAGAAGUUUGAAUGCUACGCUUCUCAGGAUGAACAUCAAUAUCAUGAAAUUUCUGUCACUUCCUCAAAUGCACAUUUGGAGAAUUUUUCCUCCAAAAAUUCCUCUGGUAAUAACUCAUCAUUUCUUUCCUGUAUUAAUUCCUCCCAUAUCUCAAAUAAUGAUGGAGAAAGGUACAAGUCAGUAGAUCACCAUCUAUCGUUAAAUAAACAAUACCAUUUGUUGGCACCAAAAUGUACUCCUGUUUGCCAUUGAGAGGAAAGUGCCCCCCAGCAACUUCACCGACAGGACUUUACAACAGAAAGCAAAGUGAUUUGAUAAUUUUACACAUCAUUAAUUCAAUGUCAGAUACCACCAAAAAGUCAGAAUGAAAAAGGAACAAGGAAUUCGGUCCAUUAGCACUUUUUCAUAAUUCACUGAUCUGAUCUUGGCCUGACCUGAACUUCCAAGUGGUGAUACGAUAUGGAAUCGGGACUUUCUGGCUGACUGCUCCUUGCCAAACAGGAUUUCCAUCUCACCUAGUCCCAUUUGCCAGUGCUUGGCUCAUAUGCAAAUCUUUCCAAUCCACAUAUCUGUCUAAGUACCUACUAAAUGUCAUUGAUGUACCUGACUCAUUCUAUAUAACAACCAUGCUCUGGGUGAAAAAAUUGCCCUCAUGUUCUUAUUAACUGUCGGCCCUCUCAACUUAAUCUAUGUUGUCCAGCCCUUGAUUCAACAACCCUGAGAAAAACAUUGCAUGCAUUGAUCUUAAUAAUGUCCCUCAUCUCAAUAGGAUCACUCCUCCUUCACCUGCAGUAUUGAAAAGACCUUUCUGGAUAACUAAAUACCCUCAUGUCUCAGCAACAUCCUCGUAAUUACCUUCUACACACUUUCUCACCUCAAAACCAUCUUUCCAUUAAAACAGAGUGGCACGGUAGCGUAGUGGUUAGUAUAACAACACAACAUUGCCUGUGACCUGGUUUCCAUUCCUGUUGCUGUCUGUAAGGAGUUUGUACGUUCUCCCUGUGACUGUGUGAGUUUCCUCAUGGUGCUCAGAGUCCAUCCAAAGAUGUACAGGUUAGCGAGUUAAUUGGACACAUUGGUGUAACUGAGUAGUGUGGGCUUAUGAUCCAGAAGAGUCUGUACUGUGCUCUAUCUCUAAAGAAAAAUGAACACAAUACUUCAAAUAUGGCAUCACUGGUCUUUUACGUCAGUUUCAAAGUUGAAAAAGUUCAAAGCAAAUUUAUUAUUAAAGUACAUAUAUGUCUCCAUAUACUACCGUGAGAUUCAUUGUCUUGUGGGCAUUCACAGUAGAUACAAAGAAACACAGCAGAAUCAAUGAAAAAGACACACACAGCAAAGAUGGUCAAAUGGCCACUGUGCAAAAGACAAUGUGACCAAAAGACCAAGUUAUCAGAAGAUUGAUGCUGAUAAGAGAGACAGAGAGAGAAACAUUCCAAAUGUUAAUGAGAGACGAGAGAGAUUAACGAAAAGAGACACAGUUCCGAGUAUUGUCAGACCGGUUGCUUUGAACCUGAACUGUUCGAAGUUUGAUGGACAGGCGAUACCCCAGCAGGGGGAUAAAAGGAACAGUUUCGCUAAGGCAAGGGACACACCAUGACACCACGAGAUAAUGAGACCCUGGAAGUGCGUUGUGCCCCCCCCCCCACCAGUUGGUGGAAGUUUUGGAGGUCUGGUUGCGGGACCGACCAUAGACGCACAUGGUGGAAAGGUACGAUCAGCGAGAACCUGGUGUGUGUGUCCACCCUUGCCUGGGUGCCGGGUUCACCGCAGAAGAAUGAUCGUAUCUGGAACGGAGGGAUCACAGUCGGUGACCUCAGAAGACAUUACAAAGGGCUCGCCUGAAAGCUAACUGCGAGGAAUAUCAAAGGUCUGUUUGAAUCCGAUUUGAAUAUCAUCAUUCGCUUGCUCUCUCUCCCCCCCCCCAACGGCACAACAACGAUUACUGCGAACUGAACUAAACUGAACUGAACUCUGUGUCACUUGAGACUGAUCAUUUUACCCCGAGACUGCGAUAGAGCUUGAUUGAUCCUAUUAUCCUAGUUCUGUGUACAUGUGUGUUUUAUCAUUGCUAACCUGUUAUAUUUAUAUCCUUAUGAUUAGAGUACUGUGUUGCUUAUUUCUUUAAUAAAACUUUCUUAGUUCCAGUAAUCCAGACUCCAACUAAGUGGUCCAUUUCUGCUGGUUUGGCAACCCAGUUACGGGCUAUGUUACGACAACAAACUGCAAAUACGAAAAAGGAAAACAAAUAAUAAUAAAUAAAUAAACAAUGAAUAUUGAGAAAAUUUGCUGAAGAGUCCUUGAAAAUGAGGCCACAGGUGGUGGGAACAAGUGAUGGGGCAAGUGAAGUUGAGUGAAGUUAUCCCCUCUGGUGUAAGACCCUGAUGGUUGAGGGGUAAUAACCGUUCCUCAAUCUAGCGCUGAGAGUUCUGAGGCUCCUUUACUGACUUCCUUAUGGCAGUAAUAAGAAGAGAGCAUGUCCUGCUCCUUGUAGAUGUACUCAAAGCUGGAUCUAUUGAAUCCUCUCUUUUCAGUCCAGUAAUUUAUUAAAUGUUCCAAGAUAACGCUUUUGUCUGAGUGAGGAAGUUAAGAAAUUAAGAGACUCUGACACGUGAACUUCAGUGAUUCUGAGGCGGAGCUGCACAGGGCAUGGCACACGCUUCAGCACAAUAUGAGCUCAUUUAGCUUGAAGAGCAUGAAAACUAUGAAGGAAAUCAUGACUCUGAUGUCUCAGUGCAAAACAGAGGGAGAGGACUCAAGAUGGACAAGCCCAACAAUACUAGAUACACAUGCAGAAGGAGAAGAAGUCUGUAAAUUUCAAUACAACUGCAUUAAGGUAGGAAGACUGCAUGAAGUCUUUGAUAUUCAGUGAACAUCAUUAGAGAUUGAACAGAGGUGUUUUUCUCAAAAAAAGUAGUUCUAUACGAUAACCAAGUAUUAAGAAAUAUAUGAACCCAGUUUACAACUCCAGUUAUAGAGAAAUGAAAAGAAAAUGAAGCCAUUUAUUUUUAUCUUCUUCUUAAAUUUAAUAUUUUUAUUGAGCUUAGUUUGUUCCCUCAGCACUAUCGGAGUAUUCAAGGCAGUCCAUCUAGGGCAGCAGCUGGACAGUUCCCAUUUUCAGGAAUCUCAGGGUAGAAAGUGUCAACUCAGGCAGACCUCAGUUUACAUACAUAGAAUAGUACAGCACAGUACAGGCCCUUCAGCCCACAAUGUUGUACUGACCCUUAAACCCUGCCUCCCAUAUAACCCCCCACAUUAAAUUCCUCCAUAUACCUGUAUAGUAGUCUCUUAAAUUUCACUGGUGUAUCUGCCUCCACCACUGACUCAGGCAGUGCAUUCCAUGCACCAACCACUCCCUGAGUAAAAAACCUUCCUCUAAUAUCCCCCUUGAACUUCCCACCCCUUACCAUGUCCUCUUGUAUUGAGCAGUGGUGCCCUGCAGAAGAGGCACUGGCUGUCCACUCUACCUAUUCCUCUUAAUAUCUUGUACACCUCUAUCAUGUCUCCUCUCAUCCUCCUUCUCUCCAAAGAGUAAAGCCCUAGUUCCCUUAAUCUCUGAUCAUAAUGCAUACUCUCUAAACCAGGCAGCAUCCUGGUAAAUCUCCUCUGUACCCUUUCCAAUGCUUCUACAUCCUUCCUAUAGUGAGACGACCAGAACUGGACACAGUACUCCAAGCGUGGC